AUGGGAGUCACAAUCGUCUGCGUUAUGCAUCAACCCCGAGCAGACAUUUUUGAGAUCCUGGACAAUGUUCUCCUUCUUCGUUCAGGACGACAGGUCUUCCUCGGAAAUGCUGCAGAAGCUGAAGCAUUUUUCACAUCCAAAGGAUAUACGUUCUCAGAUUCCUACAACUUUGCCGACGCACUUCUGGACAUAAUUUCAUCUGUCAACCCAAUGAUCGAUUUGGAUAUGGAGCAUGUGCCAACAGCUAUAGUCGUCAAUGACCGUACAUCUGGAGAAGCCUUAGAGAGGAUAUCAGCAGAAGUGAUGUCACGAAUGGCACCAUGGUAUCGACAACUCUGGCUCAAUUUCUGUCGUGAAAGCAGCCAACAAUGUCGACGAUAUACUGUCUUGAUGACAAUACAUUUCGUUGCUGCAGCGUCCGGACUAAUGAUUGGGCUCGCCGUAUAUACGUUUGACGGCCACCUGUUCCAUGGAGUCUUCAAAGAUCCCUUUCAGCUACUUUCCAGUGCCGUUGACUAUACCUUGGUUACACAGCUCGCACUGCUAUCAACCUUAGCUAUAAGCGAUGGUUUAGCUGAUUAUAGCUACAAUGAAGGCCUUGCGGCUGUCCCAGCAGGUGUUGAGAUUUUCGGGGGUGGGCGUGAGUGA